ACCCACGGCUUCAUCUAUCUGGCAACGUCAAUUGCAACACGUCACCUGCCGCUGCAAAAAAAAAUGUAAUUUUUAUUGUUUACGUUUCCGAUUCGUGUUUUUUGCGUGUUAUUUGUAAUUAAGAUGAAGUUUGCCGACGUUCUGCGUCGUUUGGACGCCUAUCCACGUACCUUAGACGAUUUUAGUGUGCGCACAGUGGGAGGCGCUGCAGUCACAAUCAUCAGUACCAGCAUAAUCAGCUUACUGAUAUUCCUCGAAUUUCUCAACUAUAUGCAACCCACCAUGAAUGAAGAACUGUUUGUGGAUACCACGAGGGGUCACAAGUUGCGAAUCAAUCUAGACGUAACCCUUCAUAAUCUGGCCUGCAAUUAUAUAUCACUAGAUGCUAUGGAUUCCUCGGGGGAUACCCAUUUAAGGGUGGAUCAUGAUGUCUUCAAGCACCGGUUGGAUCUCAAGGGAGAGCCUCUCAAGGAGACGCCCAUCAAGGAAAUUGUUGCUGUCUCUCCGCCCAAUAAGAACGUCACUUGUGGCAGUUGCUACGGAGCGGAACACAAUGCCACCCACUGCUGCAACACGUGCGAAGAAGUGCUCGACGCCUACAGGCUGCGCAAGUGGAACGUGCAAGUGGACAAGAUCGAGCAGUGCAAGGGAAAAUACAAACGCACCGACGAGGACGCAUUCAAAGAGGGCUGUCGCAUUCAGGGCCACCUGGAGGUUAACCGCAUGGCCGGCAGUUUCCAUUUUGCGCCCGGCAAGAGCUUCUCCAUCCGCCAGUUCCACAUUCACGAUUUCCAAUUCAGCAAUGUUAAACUGUCGCACACAAUCAAUCAUCUUUCUUUUGGAGAGAAGAUAGAGUUCGCCAAAACGCAUCCUUUGGAUGGACUGAGAGUAGACGUGACUGACUCCAAAAGUGAAAUGUUCAACUACUAUUUAAAAAUCGUACCUACCUUAUAUAUGCGGGGAAGCAAUGGUCAGCCCAUACACACGAAUCAGUUCUCGGUUACGCGAUACCGAAAAGAUCUCUCGGACCGAGAGCGAGGAAUGCCGGGCAUAUUCUUCAACUACGAACUCUCGCCGCUGAUGGUCAAAUAUGCGGAAAAACACAAUUCAUUUGGCCACUUUGCCACGAAUUGCUGUUCCAUCAUUGGCGGCGUCUUUACGGUGGCCGGCAUUCUGGCUGUCCUGCUAAACAACUCCUGGGAAGCCAUUCAGCGCAAACUGGAAGUGGGCAAGCUCAGCUAACAACAAUUGGAAUCUCUUGUGCAGCUUCAUUGCAGCUUUACUACGCCUAUCUCAUACAUUCGACAAAUCUCCAAAUAAAAGUGCUUAAUUUUAUAGAAAAUGAAAA